AUGCGAAACGUAGUCCUAGUGCUCUCAUGGGUUCUUUUCUGCUCGGCGGCCAACAAUUGUGCAUGGUUUGUCGGCCGUCUCCAGUGCUCGGAUCCAACAAAAUUGGAAAACGUCGUCGUGGAAAUUUGGGAUAAAGAUCGAUCUUUUGUGAGUUUUGUUUUGGGUAAAUGUCCCUUUCAAAAACAAACAAUGUUUCAGUUCCCAAUCACACUGUUCGUGGACGAUGAUUUGGCGGGAAGGACGAUCACUACGGCAGAGGAUAACGGAACGUUCAAAGUGGAAGGAUGCGCAUCGGACGUCGAUUUCUUGUUCAUCAAGAAUGAACCUGAGUUUUAUGUGAAAGUUCGCCAUUAUUGCAAGGGAAAGUGAGUUGGAUUGUAUUAUUUUGUAAAAAAUUGCAGCUUCGUAGUUAGUCGCUGCUUUUGAUAAUUUAGUUGCUGAUCGAUAAUCGUUGAUUGGCACGUUUUCAUAUCUAAAUAACAAUUUUCAAAAUGUCGUGUUGAUUCCAGAGCCGACAUCACCUACGCUUACCCGAGAAACUCCAAAAUCUUUGUGCCGGAGACCAACGACUACUUCACAAGGCACCCAAUCAUUUUGGAAUGA